AUGCUUGAUUUAUUAGAGAGAACGGAAAACAAUCUAUCUAUCUAUCUAUCUAUCUAUCUAUCUAUCUAUCUAUCUAUCUAUCUAUCUAUCUCAGUCUGUUCAUAUCUAUCUAUCUCAGUCUGUACAUAUCUACAUGCAUGUAUGUAUGUAUGCAUCUAUCUAUUUCAGUCUAUACAUAUCUACAUGUAUGUAUGUAUCUAUCUAUCUAUCUAUCUCAGUCUGUACAUAUCUACAUGUAUGUAUGUAUGUAUGUAUGUAUGUAUGUAUGGAGAUAUCUAUCUAUCUAUCUAUCUAUCUAUUUCAAUAUCUAUCUAUCUAUCUAUCUAUCUAUCUAUCUAUCUAUUUCAGUCUAUACACAUGAACAUGUAUGUAUGUAUGCAUGGAGAUAUCUAUCUAUCUAUCUAUCUAUCUAUCUAUCUAUCUAUCUAUCUACGAAGCGAUGCUGAAAGUUUCGCUUCCCCCACCUUUUAUUCUUUCAUUCAUACUUUUUCAUUUCUCUUUCUUCUCAAAUAUUUUUUGUUAUUGUUUUUUUUUUCUACGGAGGUUUCUUUAUUCCUUCUUUUACUUUUUCAUCUCUGUAAAUUCGUUCAUUUCUUUUUCUCUUCAUUUCAUUCUCUUUCACUUCUAUCCAAGUUUUUUUUAUUUGAUCAUUCGCUCCAUUUGCCUUUCUUUCUUUCUUUCUUUCUUUCUUUCUUUCUUUCUUUCUUUCUUUCUUUCUUUCUACGCUUUAUUUUCUUUCUUUCUUUCUUUCUUUCUUUCUUUCUUUCUUUCUUUCUUUCUUUCUUUCUUUCUUGCUUCUUAUUCUUUAUCCCUACGCUUUAUUUUCUUUCUUUCGUUUCUUUCUUUUUUCAUUUCUUUCUUUCUAGCUUCCUUCGUGUUCUAUUUGUCUUUUUUCUUCAUUUCUUACACGCUUGCUUCCCUUUCGAUUUUGUUUUAAUGCGUUAUUUUUCUUUCUUUCUUUCUUCGUUUCUUUCUUUCUUUCUUUCUUUAUAUUCUAUAUCCUUACGCUUUAUUUUUUUUUCUUUCGUUCUUUCUCCAUGUCUUUCUUUCUUUCUUUCUUUCUUUCUUUCUUUCUUUCUUUCUUUCUUUCUUUCUAUUGCCUAUGCUUUAUUUUUCUUCCUUUCGCUCUUCCUUAUUUCUUUCUUCUCACGCUUUUAUUAA